GUCAAUUUGUCAUAUUUUAUUUUUGUAUUUUUGUAUCGAGUCCCCUUCAAUGCUUUUCAAAAUUCAAAAAAGUAUAACAAAAUUGUAAACAUGAGGCGCGAAUUUAUAUUUCUUUUGCUCGCUAUUAUCAGUGUAUCGACCAUGUGGUCAUUACUAUCGAAUGUCUUUCGUAUGGUGUUUAUAGACAAAAUGUUAUUAGACACAGUCAUUGGAGCUGUCGGGGCAGGGAAUUUCUCCUAUUGGCAAUUAGGGCACGGUGGGCCCUUGCUGGUUGAACUCACUUCUCUGAGUGGAGACGCCGAUUUAUAUGUAGCUGAUAAUUUGAGACCCAGCUACGAAGUGGACAGACAUAAUUUCAGCUCCAUCACAUGCGGCAAGGAUGUUGUUAGUAUACCAGCUGACUUCCCUCGACCCAUUGGUAUAGGAGUGUUUGGCGCCUGGUCGCAUGCCAUAUCAGCAUAUAGUAUUCACGUGUUUCUGGACAGGUCGGAUAUGAACGAGCAGAUGCUGAUCUUCGAGGAGGGACCUAGGUUCGACGCGGCAGAGCCAAAGGAGCAGAAACAGAUGAAAAAGGACCGGAUGGAGGACAGACCGAGGUUUAUGAAGCUUCUCAAUUUCUUAGAUAUGAUAUUCGAUACGUUUGUAUUGUAAUUUAUUCGCAACAGAAUAACUGGUACAAAUUGUUAAAAAAAUCCCGACUUUCACGAUAAAUAUUUAAAUGAAUAUUUUAUAUUCAAAUAAUAAUUUUGAUUACAUUUUCCCGCGCUUUUCACCAUUUUCUUUUAUAAUUUGAAACACCCAGUGUCAUUAAAAAUUGGAAAAAAUCAACGAUAUUGAGUUAAAAUCUGUCAAUGCUCAGUCGUUUACUCUACAAGGCCUGUCAAAGAAGUCUACGUUCAUUCGGAAAACGUAACUCGCCUUCUGGCGCAGUCGGGUAAAAAAGUAUCAAGAAAAACAACAAAUAAUAGAAAU